UUUCGAUCUCGUCACUCACCAGAUCUCGCCUUGACCCCAACUACUUAAUAACCUCUGUAAUGAACAUCACUGACUUGGUUACACAUCUUUAUAAGAAGUGAAGUGGCAGUGUGGCACUCCACAUUGCCACGGCUCGCUCAGAUAUGGCGGCAUCGGCUGCCCACGUCGCGGCGUUGGCCGCCGUCCUCCUCUUCCUCCCCACCCUCCUCGCGCCCGUCGCCGCGCAGCAGGCCAAGGCCAAGGCCUUCUGCAUCAGCCAGUUCGCCAUCGCCAGCCAGGCCUGCUCCAUCCUGCCUCCCAGCCCGCCCGAGGACGACCACGAGCACCACGACGACGACGACGAUGAUGAUGACGACGAUGACGACGAUGAGCACGACGACGACGACGAUCACCACGGCGGAGACGGUGACCGCCGCGUCCAUCACCGCCAUGGACAUGCGGCGGUGAUCAACUUCGCUUCCCUCGGCCAGCUGCUGGCGAACAACGAUAGCGGCCACGUUGCCAGGAACGGCACCGGCGGCCACCUCGCCAGAAACGGCACCGGCCACCACGGCGGCAACCACACCCGCCGCGGGCGCGGACGUGGAGGAGGGCGUCUCCGCGGGCGCGGUGGGCGCGGCCGGCGUGGGCGUGUGCGCGACGGCGACGAGGACCCCGACCAUGACGACGACCACGAGGAGGACCCCGACCAUGACGACGACCACGACGAGGAUCCCGAUCACGACGACGACCAUGAGGACGACGACGAUGAGGAUGACCACGACGACGAUGACGACUCCGACCACGACCACGACCACGACGACCACGAGCACCACCACGACGAGGAGCUCCGGGCGUACCGCGAUUGCUGCCGGUGGCUGCAGGAGGUGCAGAAGGACUGCGUCUGCGAGGCGCUCCUGCGGCUGCCGCCGUUCCUCGUCAAGCCGCAGCACAAGUACGUCGUCCGGGUCGGACGGACGUGCAGAAUCGUCUACCGCUGCGGUGGCGUCUAGCCGGACGCAGACUCCGUGUGUCCCUGUGUCCUCUCUACGAUUACAUGCAUGUUUUGUUCUUCAGUCCAAGUAGAUGAUUAACUA